ACAGAGAGAAGACGCAACUAAAAAGCAUAUAAAAUUCCAAUGCAGAGAUCCGGAUAUGGUUCCGACAGUAUAUACAGGUCUCUGAGACCCACUUUGAUGUUACCCAAAAGCCCUAACAUCAACCUCGUUUCGAAUCUCUUCAACAGAGUCUCUUCUUUUCACUCCAAAACUGCACUCAUUGAUGCUGACGCAUCCCAAACCCUCUCUUUUGCUCAGUUGAAGUCCUUAACCGUUAAACUCUCCCACGCUUUUCUCCGCCUCGGCCUCACCAAAAACGACGUCGUUCUCUUCUUCGCCCCAAACGACAUUCGUUUCAUUGUCUCCUUCCUCGCUGUCGUUUCACUCGGCGCCGUCGUUUCCACCGUUAACCCUUCCUACACCGCCGCUGAAGUUUCCAAGCAGGUUAAGGACUCGAACCCCAAACUUGUCGUCACCGUCGCCGAACUAUGGGACAAGGUCAGGUCCUUGAACCUUCCCGCCGUGUUCCUCCGUUCCUCCACGCCGUUAUACGACAACGUCAUUAGCUUCGACGCGUUGCUCGAACUCGCCGGGUCGCCGACCGAGUUUCCGACGGUUAAUGUUGGACAGAGUGACACGGCGGCGCUUCUGUAUUCCUCCGGCACGACGGGGUUGAGCAAGGGCGUGAUUCUCACCCACGGGAAUUUCAUUGCUGCGUCUUUGAUGAUUGCGAUGGACGAUGAUUUGGCGGGGGAGAUGUUCAGUGUGUUCCUCUGUGUUCUGCCAAUGUUUCACGUGUUUGGGUUAACGGUGAUUUGCUAUACGCAGCUUCAGAGGGGUAGUACGGUGGUGUCUUUGAAGAGGUUUGAGUUUGAAGUGGUUUUGAAGAUGAUUGAGAAGUAUAAGGUGACGCAUUUGUGGAUUGUGCCUCCUAUUUUGCUUGCUCUGGCCAAACAUGGGUUGGUUGAAAAGUAUGAUCUUUCCUCAUUGAAGCAUAUUGGGUCUGGUGCUGCUCCUCUAGGGAAAGAGUUGAUGGAGGAGGGUGCCAGGCGUUUCCCUCAUGCCAUUGUUUCUCAAGGCUAUGGUAUGACUGAAACUUGUGGGAUUGUUUCUGUGGAGAACACGAGGAUGGGGAUUCGGCAUACCGGUUCAACUGGAAUGCUUGUUGCGGGAGUGGAAGCUCAGAUAGUGAGUGUGGAUACACUGAAGCCUCUCCCUCCUGGACAGUUGGGGGAGAUAUGGGUACGGGGUCCUAAUAUGAUGCAAGGUUAUCACAACAAUCCACAGGCCACAAGAUUGACAAUAGAUAAAAAAGGAUGGGUUCAUACAGGAGAUCUUGGAUAUUUCGAUGAGAAUGGACAACUUUUUGUUGUUGACCGUAUCAAAGAGUUGAUCAAAUAUAAAGGUUAUCAGGUUGCACCAGCAGAACUUGAAGGGCUUCUUGUUUCUCACCCUGAAAUACUUGAUGCUGUUGUCAUCCCAUAUCCGGAUGCUAAAGCUGGUGAAGUUCCAGUUGCUUAUGUCGUCCGUUCACCCAAUAGUUCACUGACUGAAGAAGAUGUUCAAAAGUUUAUUGCUAAUCAGUUCAGAGAUUUUUAAAAUGCAUGCUUCUAGAGAAUUGCUUCUCUCUUUGGUUGUGAUCGAGCUUUACAUUUCAACAAAUGCUGGACUGGAUAUUGUGGAUGGGCAUGAACACUUACACAAGAUACUUUUUUAGAUCAGUUGAAGGCUACACAACAGGGACUUUUCUUCUCAUAAUUCUCAUCCCACACGUUUCUAUUAGUAAUACUGGAUUUAAAUCAUGUUUGCAUGCACAGCAGUAUGAUGCGUUAGUGUAGGAUUUGUUCUGUAUACUUUCACUGUAGGUCAAUUAUCACAUCUGAACGAUUUGUCUGUGUCGACACUCACUUUUGUAUUUUUGCAGGUAGCACCUUUCAAAAGAUUACGAAGGGUGACAUUCAUCAAUUCUGUUCCAAAGACAGCAUCGGGAAAAGUUCUCCGAAGAGAGCUUAUUGAGAAAGCAAAAUCGAAAAUGUAAGAUAAAUUUUUUACAAAACAAUUUUCGAGGUUCAAAUUCUAAAGUAGAAUGCAAGUUCAGAGCGGAGCCUGAAAGGUAUGACAUGCUUGGGUACUGUCUUUAAGUCUUGGAUUGUUGCUGUAGUGGAUCCAAUAUGUAUCUGAUGAAUGGUGACCAUUACUUGUUGGAAACCCUUCACUUGUUACUCACUUGACGAGGGAGUACUCAACAUUACACUAAAAAUACACCAAAUCGUGUAAAACAGUUUAUUUGCUAUUAAAUAAAAUAAGCAUUUGCUUCAC